UCAAACUGCUUAUGUUUACAUAAAUCCUGUCAUAAAGGUCGCAUUCUAAGUUACUGAUGUGCUACAACAAAUCCGGAAAAGUUGACAUACGGUGAAAAGUUUACACUGCUCAGGUAUCUUCUGCUGUACGCACGAUGGUCUCGUGCAGGAUCUGGUGAUGUUCAUUCCUCAGUCCUGCUCUAGUGAAAGACUUUCACAUUUCCAGACAGCAGAAACAGAACAGAGUUAUUCUUCAAGCUGGAGUCCUUUCUGAACCUAUCACAUUCCUCAACCACGGCCAGAGAUGCCGCCCAGUUGGAGGAAAUGUUUGUCCCUAAUAACAAGAAGAACAUGAGGAUCUGGUUUAGCCCAAAGAGUCGCAAAGUCCGCUGCUGCAUCCAGAGACCUGUUGAGUCAAACACACCCAAUGGAGUCCAACAAAGGAAAAGCACUGCGUCACCUUCCUCCGAGGAUCUGUCUGUCUUCAACUUCAGCUCCUCAUCUCAGGAGUCAGGGUCCUCCACUCCUCCACGGGCCAAGGUGAACAAGAAAACCAAGAAAAAAAGGAUCGUCCAAAACAGCAGGCAAGCUAAAGCCGCUCAGAGGCCCAGAACAUGGAUCAGGUCAUUGCAGGAAAGUAAGAAGCUCAAGCUAGAAGUGAUCAAUAAGCAGUGGAACACUGGAGAAGAAGCUGAUGUAGACGCUAUAGACGAGACUGGUGAAGAGGAUGAGAAAAUAAGCUCUGGAGAUGACAACAAGAGGUCUGCUAAAAAAGUUUUCUUCCAUUUCCUUCACAGUCAGUCUGAGCAGACUCUUAAACCUUCUCUCCAAAGAACAAAUCUCACUCCGAAUCAUGACAAAAUCAUGGAAUUUGAAGACCCAGAGAAGCAAAACUCUGCAGCUUUGAGUUCAGCAGAUCCCGACCAACAGCCAAUUACUGAAAUUUCACCAGAAUUGAAUGAAAAUGAGCUUCUUCAGCCUUCUAUUUCUAGAGUACGUAAGAGAUACAGUUCAGAGAGUUUAUCGAAACAACCCAGAAUUGCUCCAGAACAGAAGAGGAGAUUAUCUGAAGGAGGAACUGCUUUCAUUGAAGAUUCCUCUCAGAGUCUGAAAACUUUCAGACAGACCGAUGAGAAGCCAGUCCUGUCAUCUUCAGGGACUCAUGAUGUUUUGAAGAAAGCUCCAGAUGUGAGAAACAAGCAGACCUGUCCUGUUUACAUGAAGAGGAACCAUAAAGGAGAAACAGCACUGCACUUAGCUGCCUCAAAGGGUGAUGUGGAGGGGGUCCGUAAGCUCCUUGCUCAGGGAGCCGACCCCAACCUGAAGGACAAUGCAGGCUGGACACCGCUGCACGAGGCCUGUAAUGUGGGUCACCUGGAGGUGGUGGAGGAGCUGCUUCAGCAGGGGGCGCUGUUGAACACACCCGGCUAUCAGAACGACUCUCCACUGCACGACGCCAUCAGGAGCGGUCACAUAGCUGUGGCCAAACUCUUGGUUGAACGAGGUGCAUCUCAAAGUGUUCUUAAUAUCUUUGGCCUGCGGCCGGUGGAUUAUGCGCUGACUCCAGAAAUGAAAGAAGUCCUAAGAGUGGCCCCAGAGGCAUCACAUCUCAUAACAACGUCCUUAAGGCCCCCUGCAAGUAAGGCUGCGGGCGGUGUGGUUCUGAUUGGCAGUGAACUGACGCAGACUCAGCACAAGCAGAUCAACAGAGCAGCUCAACUCCUUGGAGGAAAGCAGGCAAAGGCCUUUUCCAGUGCAGUCACCCAUGUGAUUGUACCAGAUGUACCCAUCAUGCCCUCUACGCUGACCACACUGCAUGGCGUCCUCAACGGCUGCUGGAUCCUCAACUUCAGCUGGCUGAGCUGUAGCCUGCAGGCAGGCAGCUGGGUCGAGGAGAGCGGGUACGAGGCAGGUGACGGACCCCUGCGUGCCCGCGCCAACAGAGGCAGCCUGCUGCCUCCACUCUUUGACGGUUGCUUUUUCUACAUGCUGGGCUCCUUCCGCAAACCACCAAAAGAUGAACUCCUUCAGUUAGUGAAAGCAGGAGGAGGUCAGCUUCUGAAACGCCAGCCCAAACCUGACAGCGACGUCACACAAACCCUGAACGCAGCGGCCUACCACGCUCAGGCCGGAUCAGACCAGGUUCUGUGCACACAGUACAUCCUAUACGAUCCUCAGAGCUUCUACAAGCCCCAGAAGGUCAGGUUAGGUAAGGUGUGGUCAGCCCCAUCCACGUGGCUUCUGGAUUGCAUAGCUGCCUUUCAACUCUUGCCCGUGCCGGAGCCCUAAACGCAUUCAUAGCAUCAAAUAACACCAUUUUUCUGCAUAAGAGAAAUGAGGUUUUAUUCUUAUCUGGAGAUGGAGACAUCAUAAUUGCUGUGUUUUCAUCAGGCUUUUGUGUGAAGGGCCUGUCUAUUGCCUGAAGAUUUUUCUCAGGAGAAAAAAAGUGCUUGCAUGCUUUUUAGAGUCUAUUGUACGUGUCCUUUUUUUUUCCAGAGCCAAAUUAUGCCAUCCGAAAGCUUGAAAAUUAUAAAAACGUUCACCAUUGUUUGGAGACAUGACCUAUUUCUAGCACAUUUGUGUUCAAAGCGUUCAGAGAUUUUAUAUUGCCCUAGACGAAACUUACAUCUUCAUCAGACUUUUAAAUGCAAGGCUUUUGUUUGAGAAAGCAAAGGGUAUUCUUGUGGUCAGGAUAAUGGGAUUCUGGUUUUCUUCGCUUUAACGGGUGGCUUUUAGAAUAGAUGAGGAGAAAUACCCAAGUAGCAAUUAUUUCUCAAGCAAGUUUUUGUUUUCUUUGCUCUGUGUUUCUGCAGGGGUUAAAAAAAUGAAAGAUUUCUGGUCCUUUUUGGCCGUCUCCCAAGACGCGGCUUUCAAUGGGAUUAGUCAGGGAUGCUCCUAAUUGCUAUUGAUUGCUGUGAGCCGCAUUAAAUUGCUUCGCCCUCAUCCUGCAGGGACGUGGAGGGAGGCAAUUAGUGGUGUGGACAGGGUUUUGUGGGGUGAUUAAUUGGAGGGUAUUGAGGGUCCUGUGGGUAGAGGGAAACACGCACCCAACUCUUAACACCUGACUUUGCAAACUUUAUCAUUGCGCCGUUAAGAGCUUUCAAAUGCACUUUUACAAAGCAAUGUGUUCAGACAGAUACAAUCCUGAGGGCAAAGUUUCUCAUUAUGUGUUGUUUUUGCCCAGUGUUGGUUUUUAUGUUGCUUCUAGUUUGCAGAUUAUCUGAAAAAAUCUUGUGAAUGUGAAUCCUGACUUUUCUCUUUCUGGAAAUUUAUAUUAAAGUGAAAGACUGGGGAUCCAGCUUUAUAAUUAUGGCCUUGAUUCACGGCUCUGUCUUGCAGAGACUGUUAAGAAAAUGAAAGUAAAAUUAAAUCUUAGUCUUUUUUGUGUCUUUAAAUCUUUGAUGCUAAACAAGUAUUCUUCACUAUAGCAACUGCAUGAUGCAAUUCCGGUUUGAAAGUGUAACGUCUCAAAACCUUGAUUAGUUUUUCUUCUACAUGUUCAUUCCAGACUGAUUCAGACAUGUCUGUUUAUCUUCAUUAUUAAUUACCUACUGUUUUUGGGUAGUUCAGACAUCUUGUGAGCAGUGUUAUUGUAAGUUGACUAAAAAAAAACAGACAUGUAUUUUUGUUAUUUUUGAAAUAAAUGUAAACUGU